CUUGUUGCGUGGCUGCGUCCCCGAAGUCAGAAAUAAUGGCACCGACAAAUGCAACAGCACCAGAGGCGGGCAUGACUCUUGCUAUUAUUGGCUGUGGGACCAUGGGGACAGCAAUUCUGGCAGGUCUCCUCACCAAAAUGCGGUCCCCGGGGGCAGAGGCCAGGAUCACGCGCUUUAUUGCGUGUGUCAACAGUGAAGGGUCCGUGGAGAGGCUGAAGACUCGAUUUAGGGAGUCUUUGGACCGCGUGACUGUGUUGCGGCAAGAUAACAUUAAAGGCAUGGAAGAGGCAGAUAUUGUUCUGCUGGCAUGCAAACCGUACAUGAUCGACUCCGUCCUUAGUGCCGAAAAAGUGAGCGCAGCCUUAACCGGCAAGCUAAUGAUCAGUGUUGUUGUUGGAACGCCAACUCGCAGAAUUCAUGCCGCAAUCCAGGGAAUCGAUCUCGGCCCUCCAAAGUGCUUCGUUGUCCGAACGAUGCCCAACCUCGCAGCUGAGUUCGGGGAGUCAAUGACCGUUAUCGAGACAACUAACAUACCUGAUAAAUACCUGGAAAUCACAAACUGGAUCUUCCUCCAAUUAGGCAAGACUGUUUCCGUGACACCAGAUGUGUAUGAUGUCGGAGGCGUGUUGGCCGGUGCUGCAGGGGUAUAUCUUUCAGUCGCUUUCGAUGGUGUUCUCGAUGGCGCAGUUAGUCAGGGGAUAAAACGCCCAGAAGCGAGAAAAAUGAUGACACAGGCGCUCAGGAGCCUUGCAAGGUUGCUCGAGAAUGGAGAUACUCCGGAUGCAUUGAGAGAGAAGUUCUCGUCGCCAAGGGGAACGACGAUCGAAGGCUUGAUGUCGCUGGAAGAGGAUAGAGUCAGAUAUGCAUAUACAAAGGCUAUCGUCAAGGCUACGAAGAGAUCGCAGAGUAUGUGAUGGUCGUUUUGAAAAAUAGGACAGGCAGAUAAUUGGACAUCCUGCGCUAAAGUCUUAUGGUUUAGUCAACCAUGGAGAGUCGAUACCAGUGCUGUUUGACCUCUAAUUUAGUCUCCACCUCAUCUUAGAAAAGAGGGAGAAAUUACCAUAUAUUGGCGUCCGUUAAAUCAUUAUAUACACGUAUCCUGUAUAUACAGCGAUAAGGCGGAGCUCAGGUCCAGGAGACUCCAUUGAUCACCGCUGUUGAUUCGAACAAACUGGAAGUCUUUUAGACAAAGUGAAUUAUGAUCGGGUAUCUUUAGAAUGUCUCGACCUUCGAUCCUUCAACGCCAGCAUCAAUAAAGUCAUGCCCAUAUGUAAUAACACCUCCGAAGCCCUGAAAUUCCAACAGCCCACAGCAGAAGCCCCAACCAAUCACAACAUCAUGCUU